AGCUCAUUCACCACCUACUGGGCUGGUUGGCUGGCUUGAACUUUCGGAAUAAUUUUACUGACCUUGUUACUCUGCGAUGGUAGUUACGAAUUCAUCGCAAAUGGUAUUGCGUGUAUGCGAAGACGUUCCGACUCAUGGAUAAAUGCAACCCAAAUCCUGAAGGUAGCCGACUUCGAUAAGCCUCAGCGAACCCGUAUAUUGGAACGUGAAGUACAGCGCGGGGUUCACGAAAAGGUUCAAGGUGGUUACGGAAAAUACCAAGGAACCUGGGUACCCCUCGACCGUGCCAGAGCAAUUGCGGCCCAGUACAAUGUGGAGGAGCUUCUCUCGCCGAUAUUCAACUUCCGACCUUCUACCGAGUCACCGCCAUUAGCUCCUAAGCACAUCACUGCUGCGUCGACGAAACCGAGGAUAGCCAGAGGAGGUGGAGGCCGUGCGGGAAAUAAGGGUGCUACCAAGAAGGUGGCGAAGCCAACACCUCCAAUUAUUGCUCCACCGCCUCCGCCGCCUCCGCCACCACCCGCUCCCCCAUCUGUAGAUAGUUACGAUGCAGACGAUGCGGAUGACGAUAUCGUGAGCGACAUUGACCCUUUGGAUCACCAUGACGCAGCCUCAAUCGUGUCGUCGACUGGAUCCGAGAUAUCCGAAAUGGAUCAUCCUUCUCAGCAUUCGGCCGGUAUGACUCUCAAGAGGAAGCGCGGUCAGAUGGAGUUCGACAUGAUGUCGCAGCAGCGUAUAUCGUACAGUGACGAGCUAUUCGAGUAUUUCAUGGCCAAAGAUGUCGAUGUGCCUGCGUUUCUGCUCGCGCCGCCGCCGGACUUCGACGUCAAUGAGGUCAUCGAUAAUGAGGGACACACGGCCAUCCAUUGGGCUGCAGCCAUGGGUGACCUGAAAGUCAUUGAGCACCUCUGCAAGGCGGAUGCGAACAUAUAUGCGCUAAAUAAGCGCGGAGAAACACCGCUUAUGCGCGCCGUCAUGUUUACUAACAACUACGACCGGAGAUCCUUCCCUCGACUUGUUGAGACCCUUCGCGAAACCAUAUUCCUGAUCGAUAAGUAUGGUUCCACCGUUUUCCACCACAUUGCUGCCACCACCUCCUCGCGUAACAAGUUACUGGCCGCUCGAUACUACAACGAGGUGCUCCUCCAGAAGCUGUCGGAGGCCCACACGAUCGACGAUAUCGCCCACUUCUUGGAUAUGCAGGACAUGAGUGGUGACACAGCACUGACUAUCUCCGCGCGAAACGUUGCAAAGAAAUGCGUGCGCACACUGCUGGGCUACAAUGCAUCUCCGGAUAUUCUCAACCGCGCUGGAGAGACUGCCGAUCACCUCAUCAUCACUGCCGAGGAAAUGCGCAAAAAUGGGGACUACCUGCGGGCGUCCAGCUCCUCCCCAUUCCAGCCUAAUGACCACGGCAUGCACAAUCAUCAUCAUCCAUAUCUUCUUCAGCAGCCGUCCAGUCAAACCGCAGCAGCUGCUGCAGCAGUUGGUUAUGCCCACGCUAGUUACGUUCCGCAACCGCACACUUCCGAGGCCGCCAUCGCAGCCACAAAGAAGGUGAUCCCAUUGAUGGCAGAAAUGUUGGAGGGCCUCGCCACGGCAUUCGACAAGGAGCUUCAAGACAAGGAAGAGGAUCACAGCCAAGCACAGCGGCUUCUCGACUCGUCGACUCGGGAAAUUGACGCCUGCCGCCAAGUCUCCGAAGGCGUUCUCACCACUUUCGGCGGCGCAGAUGCAAUGAACUCCCAUAUCGACCAACUCAAAUCAGAGGCCGAAUCACUCGCCGCCGAACUCCACUGUACGCUCGAACGAACACAGUUCUAUGAGCUCACCGCUGCCGUCCGCCACGAGGAGUCGGCACUUCCCACCCCACCCACCUCCACCACAGAGGACUCAGUCCCAGACGAUAAGGAGCUCAUGGAGCGUCUCCACCUCGCGCGGGAACUGGCCUCCGCCCAGAACGAACGCGAGGACCUGAUGGACACCAUCGUCAAGGCCUUUGCGCGCAGCGGUGCAGGCGGCAAGAUGGCCGACUACCGCCGGUUGAUCGCAUUAAGCUGUUCUCUGCUCCCCGACGACGUCGAGAAACUUUUGCCAGAGAUCCUGAAAGAUUUGGAGGCGGGUGGGGACGGGAGCCAGGGGAUGGGCGGGCUGGUUGAUGGGCUGGUUUAAUCGCGAGUGAUUGGGCCAACCAUGAGUGUACUUGUAGUUUGCAGGAGGAUGUACGAUGGAGUUUGUUGGCGUUUGUUUAUUGGAACGUCUUUUAUCUAUUUUAUUUUCCUUCUUUUCCUACAUCUUUUCACCAAUCUUUUCCUACUAUUUCCUUCUU